AGGGUGAAGAGGAAGUUGUUUAUCCAAGCAAUGAGCAAGGGAACAAUAAAUACCUUGCUGGAUGAACUACUAGAAAAAAAAGUACUGAAUCAGGAGGAGAUGGAGACAAUUAGAGAUGAAAACGCUACAGUCAUGGAUAAAGCCCGCGCCUUGAUUGACUCCAUUAUAAAGAAAGGUCCACGAGCAUGUGAGAUAUGUAUCUGUCAUAUUCGUGAAGAUCCUUUCCUUGAAGAGAAACUGGGAUUCACUUCAGGUAAGGUAAUUAAUAUACAAGAUUCAAAAUCAAAACAGAUUUGUUUUGCUUCCCUGGCAGUACAGGAUAACCCAGCAAAGAACUCAUGCUCAGGAUCCGGAGGAAUUCUUAAACUCUGCUCACCGGAUACAGCGCGAUUAAUGCAGCAGAAAAUGGCAUCAGAGAUUUACCCAAUGAAAGAAAAAGGCAAUCGCACACGUCUUGCACUCAUUAUCUGCAACACAGAUUUUAAGAGUCUUCCUAAGAGGACUGGUGCUGAGGCUGAUCUCAGUGGGAUGAAGAUGCUUCUAGAAGGACUGGGAUACCAUGUGAUUGUGAAACAAGAUCUCACUGCUUCGGACAUGACAGCAGAACUGACGACAUUUGCUGCCCGCCCAGAGCAUGAGAAAUCUGACAGCACCUUCCUGGUGUUCAUGUCCCAUGGUAUUCGGGAUGGUAUUUGUGGGAAGAAUUUCUCUGAAGAAAAUUCAGAUGUCUUACACGUCAACUCCAUUUUUCAAAUGCUGAACACUCGAAGCUGUCCAAAAUUGAAGGACAAACCCAAAGUGAUCAUUAUCCAGGCAUGCCGAGGUGAAAACCAAGGAGUGGUGUGGCUACAGGAUUCACUAAAAAUUUCUGUGAACAGUUCCUCACAGGAUACAGAGGAUUAUGAGGACGAUGCCAUUAAAAGAUCUCACGUGGAAAAGGAUUUUAUAGCUUUCUAUUCUUCAACACCUGAUAAUGUUUCUUGGAGACAUCCAACACUGGGCUCUCUUUUUAUUAAAAGACUUAUUGAACAUAUGCAAGAAUAUGCUGCAUCCUGUCACCUGCAGGCAAUUUUCCAAAAGAUACAACGUUCAUUUGAGAUGCCAGAUGGUAAAGCCCAAAUGCCCACCACUGAAAGGUGCACUUUGACUAGAUAUUUCUACCUCUUCCCAGGAUAUUAA